GUCAAGGCGCACCAGAACCCUGAAGGACUCCACGGCAAGGAGCUCUGGCGCUACUGGGGCAACUGCUACGCCGACCGGCUGGCGAAGGAGGGGGUGCUCCAGCAUCUGGACGUCCUGGCGAAAAUGGGCAUCCACGACGCUGCGACGACGGAAUGGGUGCGCGUGGCCUCUGCCGCCCCCACGCUAUCAGCCUUUAUGGCCCUCGGCCAGAGAGCUGCCGGGCCCGCUCCAGAAGGUGCCGCGCCCGCCGAGCGCCCCCCGUCUGUGGCGGCGCCACCGGUCAGUAUGGGGGUGGUUGCGGGUGGCUUUGCACGCGCUGCUGCAAGACCUUUGAGGACGGGCCGCAGGCGCAGGCGCAAGGGGUCUGCGCCGCGCUUCCACGAGCAGUGCGCGCCAGUACCACUCAGCACCACUCGACGGAGGGACGCCUCCGCAACUUCUGGCUGGCGCGAGUUCUGA